CUCCCUCACUCAGUGACAUGUGAGGCGCGACAUGACCACACGACCCUUCCCCUGCCUCAAACGCACACAAACACAAAGCAAGGCUGCGGUGUUUUGCAGCGUGUCUGAGCCAGUGUUGAGCUGUGAGGCAGCAGCUAAGCCAAAUCCUCCACCAUCAUCAUGUUUUCAUCCGUGCAGGGGGAGGGAGGGCUGGCUACGAGGCAGAGCGGGGGGAGACACAGACACACACGGGGCCUAGCCGCCACAUCUUUCAUGCGAAGAAGCUGUGCCGCAAAACCACCCGUUUUUGGUUUCCCCAAACAACUCCGGCCCGGGCCUCAGUCCGCGGUCUAGAGUUUGAUAUCGGGCUGUUUCAGACGGAAGCACGUCGGCGUGUCGCUGCCAGACAAGCCCCUGAGCCCCCAGACACCACCAUGGGAGACAGCAGAGAUUCCCGCAGCCCAGACAGUUCGUCUGUGUCCUCCCCUCCAUCGGGCCAACGCUCGCCUCCGCUGGUUCCCUCAGCUGCAGCUUCCAUGACCUCCCUGCCACCCAUCACCACCACCGGGGUCAACAGUCCUAUCAGUAGCAUCGGCUCCCCCUUCUCUGUCAUCAGCUCUUCGCUGGGCUCACCAUGUCUACCUGGCACACCAUCGGUGGGUUACGGCCCCAUUAGCAGUCCGCAGAUUAACUCAACAGUGUCCAUGUCAGGGCUCCAUGCAGUGAGCAGCUCCGAUGAUGUGAAACCUCCGUUGGGCUUGAAGCAGCUGUCGCCUCACAGCCCGGGGCCGAUGCUUUCCCAGAAACGCCUUUGUUCCAUCUGUGGAGACAGAUCCUCUGGUAAACACUACGGCGUCUACAGCUGUGAGGGCUGUAAAGGCUUCUUCAAGAGGACCGUGCGCAAAGACCUGACCUACACCUGUCGGGACAAUAAAGACUGUAUGGUGGAUAAAAGACAGAGGAACCGCUGCCAGUACUGCCGAUACCAGAAGUGCCUGGCCAUGGGCAUGAAGAGAGAAGUGGCCAAGAUGAACGACAGAUCUGUUCAAGAAGAGCGGCAGAGGAACAAGGAACGAGAAGGCGAGGUCGAGUCAACAAGUGCGGUUAACGAGGAGAUGCCAGUGGAGAAGAUUUUGGAAGCGGAGAUGGCCGUAGAACAGAAGACGGAGCUUCAUGCGGAUGGAAGUUCAGGCGGCAGCUCUCCCAAUGACCCCGUCACCAACAUUUGUCAGGCAGCAGACAAGCAGCUCUUCACCCUGGUGGAGUGGGCCAAGAGGAUCCCUCACUUUUCUGAGCUGCCCCUGGACGACCAGGUCAUCCUGCUACGUGCAGGCUGGAACGAACUCCUGAUUGCAUCGUUUUCCCAUCGCUCCAUUUCGGUGAAGGACGGCAUUUUACUGGCCACUGGCCUUCAUGUCCACAGGAACAGUGCUCACAGUGCAGGUGUUGGAGCCAUCUUCGACAGGGCGCACAAUGCCGAGGUUGGGGCCAUAUUUGACAGGGUUUUGACAGAGCUUGUAAGCAAGAUGAGAGACAUGCAAAUGGACAAGACAGAGCUGGGCUGCCUUCGAGCCAUCAUCCUCUUCAACCCAGAUGCCAAGGGUUUGUCCAACCCCAGUGAGGUGGAGCUCCUGAGAGAGAGGGUGUAUGCAUCUCUCGAGUCUUACUGCAAACAGAAAUACCCCGAUCAGCAGGGCAGGUUUGCAAAGCUCCUCCUCCGGCUCCCAGCACUGCGCUCCAUCGGUCUAAAGUGCCUGGAGCACCUGUUCUUCUUUAAACUGAUUGGGGACACGCCCAUUGACACCUUCCUGAUGGAGAUGCUAGAAGCGCCUCACCAGCUCACCUAGAAGAGCCAGGUUCGGUCCGGUCAGGAUCCGAUGUGCACCAGGAUUACCAACACGUCACGCCGUGUUGGGUCGUUGGCUCUUCUCGUUGGGCCUCACUUAACUGCAGCACCUGCGGGCUUUAAUGUACCGGCUGUACACUUGUACACACACAUACACAAAACACACACAUAUUCCCUGUCAUCGACUAAUUAUCUUCACACAUGCAGAUCUUACUUGGAUACAUGACUUGACGACAUAACUAAUACACAGAUAAUAUGGCUCUGAAUGAACAAUAUGCUAACACACACACACACACACUAUCACCAACUUUUCCCGUAUUCAGUUUUCCACCGUUGGGGUUAUGACUCAAGGAAUAUUAUCCCCUUUUUAUCACACAUAUACAGUAAAUGUCUUAAUUUUAAGUUAGCCUUCAGUUUUCACAUCUUCAUCUCACAGUGGGUUUUUGCUUCUGCGUAACUGGUAAACCUCCCCUGUUUUUACCUGGGUUACUUUGUUACACUUCUAGCUCCACCUCUGUAUACUAUAUCCAUCACUAGCCGGUUAGUUGUUCAUGUAUGGUUUUAGCUUAAAAUCAGGUGCGUAGCAUUUCAAUCAACUGUCCACUGUCAAACAAAUUCACUUCUUAUUUGUCAGGAGGUGUCCGAUAAUGGACAGGCAGACACCCUCCCAGUGAGUUCAUCCAAGCUCAGAAACAUUGAAAUAUUUUAUGCUUUUUCUUUUUUUUUUUUUGAAUAUUCAUGCUGAAACUUGUUAGAGUUUCAAUUUUGAAGUACUGUACUCAUGAAAUGAGAGCUUUUUCCAAGGCAUUGAAAUCCAGGAAAAGGGGGGUGGGAGCACUUUGUUAGACAGACAAACUUUGUCCCUCCCACCCUGAUGCGCACAGCGGGCUUUGUAAGACAAGAAGAAUGACUUGAAUUUAUUUUCUUUUUGUUUGUUUGUUUCCUAGUUUUGAUUUUAUCCUUUUCUCUACUUUGGCAGUUGGUUGGCAUUUUAAACAGCUUGAGGCUCACAGGAAGUACAGCUUUGUGUGAGACAAAAUCGUAUUUGUUAGUCUUUUAUCUCCCCUUUUCCCCGGAUCCUCCCUUUGCUGGUGGUCAUUUAUGCACUUUUGUGAGUUGUAACUGUGUAAAUGUUCCCGUUUCCUAGAAAUGACCAUCUAUUCUCAGACACCUAAGAUGACCUUGAAGGUACUAUGUGUAGGGUUUUCUCAUUAUUGCAUCAAUGCCAAGUCAGAUGUGAUGACUUGUUAUAGAACUUAUAGCUAAAGCUAAAUAAUUGGCCACUUCCUGCGCAGAUGAUAACCAGGUUUGGGAAUUCGUACUAACUACCAGUCAAAUGGUUGAAAAUGUUAGCUAGCGUCAGGUAUAUUAGUCUGUCCUAACGCCCAGUCCAGCUGAAAGUCCAUCAUUCUUCAUAGGUUGCUCUUUAUUCCAAGAAUCUUCCUUGUAUCAUCUGUCCAUUCAUGGCAAGAGAAAGCAAUGCUGUGCUCUUUGAACAAUUCUGCGUAUCAUUAGUCAGCCUCUGUCCAAGGUGUGCGCCUAUUGUUCAGUGAGACAGUUGGAUAAAUAAAUAAGUAUGAUGUUUGACUCAUCCACCCAGCAGCUAGAGUAUUGAAGUGUCCUUGUACGAGAUACUUGCGUGUUUUGUAUCGAAGAUGCUGCACUCUGUCGCCUCCGUAAAAAGAGGUGUGAAAAGCUGACUUUGUGUGCAACACACACAAAACAUCAGCAGCAGACGGGUAAAGGAAAGAUCAGGUGAAUUUUUCUGACAGAGGCAAUAAUGCAACAUUUAAUUUCACCUGGUGGUCAAUCAGUACACAAUUUGGCUUAUCUGCAAUACCUUUGCAGCCCACUGCUCACGGAUGGAUGACUGGCUGUGGAUAUAGAUGUUUGAAUCACAAAGGACCUCUUGUGUGUCAUGUUACUGUAAAGCAAUAAUGAAAAAGGUUAGUGCUAUAUAAUGGAAAUCCUACACCUACUACCUGCUGCUUUGGAAACUUUAUUCAGUGUGUAUUGGCUCAAUGCUUGCCACUUUUGUACAGUAGAUGUAAAUAAUAAAAAAAAAACAACACAUGCAGAAACACAGGCCUGUUCACACUCACGUGAAUGUGAAAUACGAACACAAUUUAAAAGCUCUAUUUUUUGCUGUUGAAUCAACAUUCGACUUGUAAUAACAUCACCAUGAAAUUGUUAUUGAGCCCAGGGCCAAACCACACCUCACUGCUGCUUUUGCACCAACUUCUGCCAAUGUUUCCUGUUGUUCUUGUUAAUUGAUUGGCUGGAUUUCAUUGACAAUGGCACUUGACAUUUACUGUGAUUGAAAUUUGUGGGCAACUGAAUCUGAGUAUUGCAGUGAAAAGUCAAAUGCAGCUACCGCAUUAUCAGGAGAUAUACAGUAAACUAUGAAUUAAACCGUCUACACGUGCUCAAAGGUGAGCAAUACUGGGUACACAUAAAGAUUUAUUACCAUUUUGUUAGUAAAGUAUUUAAAAGAGUGUUGGCGUUGUGGGUAUAUUUAGCCACAGUUAAUAGAAAUUAGAAACGUACAUUUUGCAGUAUCAUUCUACAGGGAAGAGGUACAGCUGUCCUCCACCAGGUGCUAAAUAACUAACAUGGUCUUUUAGUUUAAGACUUGCACAUUUUCAUCAAUGCAAACACAGUAUGCAAGUACACAGACAAAUCAUAAAGCCAUUCUCCACUCUUUGAACAGGUCUGCUUAAAGUGUAGAUUUCUCUCUCCCAACAUUUUUUUUUCUUUUUGUUACUUUAUGACCCCAAACUUUGUCGCAGACUCCCAACUAUAGAACAUGAACACCAGCUGUGCUCGUACAUUCUGGCUGUGACUGAUAAGUCUCUGUACUCUACCAGACACAGCCAGUGUCUUUUGUAUUUUAGAAAGCAGUUCGGCUGGUGAAAGACGUGAAAGUAGCUGUUAAAUAUUUGGGCUACUUUGACCAGAAUGAGCAAUGUGCUUCCUGCCCUGCAGAUAGUCCAAAUACUUCUUCUCAGAGAGGAUCCUUAGCCUCCCCCAUGUGAUGUGGACUUGGAGGCUGGCAGUUAGAUAACCUGUAAAACAGGUGGUUUUGUUUAACAUGUCAGUAAGUUGGUCUAACCUUAGAGUUAUGUGUUGUUUCACUUUUUUUUUUCCUCCAUCCAUACGUACGUACAGCCAAGUCAACAAAGUAGUCUCCAGAUGUCCGUUCAUUUCCUACGUGCAGAGAGGAGUCAGCCUCUUGUGCACCACUGCCUUAUCAUUUUGAAGUUUGUUUGAAAAGAAAAGCAAGGUGGUGACAAACCAGCAUCUGCUCGCAUUCGUGUACUGUGGUGCCGUAGGGUCUCAGUGCUUUGGUGGCAUCGGUUGGUUCAGACGAGCUAACACUAGCAGUCUGAGUUUUGAGACUUGAGUUUGGAUUUUUAGGCCACCGGGCUUUGAGAUCUUUGAUCUGGUUUAGAGCUCAGCUAUCCUAAAACAGUUGGCUGACUAAGGUGUGUGCUUUUGUGAUUAAUCUCAUCUUCUGUUAGAUUGACAACUUUCUCUGCAGGAUUUUAUUUUUUGGGGGGGCUUCCUCUGUUGAAUGUUUAAGUCUGCUGCUACUGCAUCAUGUUUAUAGCCGGGGAUGGGAAUGAUACAGUGACAUUAAAAAUACUCGUCAAGUUCACAUCGGACUGAGCAAAUGUUGAUGAUUCAUCAAAAAGUCAAAAUAUGCAACUUCUUCAUAUUCAUAUUGUGGUAACAUUGUUGUCAUGCAAUAUGUGCAUCGUCUUUCUGGCAUUCAUAAAUCUAAGCUUAGUCUGUUACAUCAGUUCAUAUUAAUUGGCAGAGAAAUGAUUCAGACUUCCCAUCCCUCCAUAUAACAGCACUGCAUUUAAGUUCUGCUAUGCCAUUUCUAUAUUUCUUUACAUUUUACUCCGAGCUUAGGUCAUUCAGAGGACGAUAAACAGUAAACAAAUAAAAGCUAUACAGUCAGUGCAGGUUCUGUAUGCUAGGCCACUUUAUGCUUUGCUGAGCAGGUAGACUGUUUUAGCAAGAGCUGGUGGUUCGGUAGUUCAGUUUAUGUUUUAUUUUUAUUUUUAGCAUUUGUCAUAGAGUAUGUGUGGCCACAUGUGUAUGCUUUUAUGCACAUGUGUAUGGAAUCUGUCUGCAGCUACGCCUUUUGACUGGCAGAUACUAUAGCUUUGGCUGUGAUGUGCUGAGCGCUGUUAAAAUUGGAUUUGUUGAGCAAAAUAAUGAAAGGAUGCACAGAGGAAAAGGAACCAAGCUGGAGGGGUGAUUAACUGGCGCUUGUUGACCUGAUGCUUUAUCAACACAACCCAGCCUCCUCCCUUCCUUCACUUUGCCCUGUCUCCACUGCUUUACUUUAAACUUAACAAAUGCUUAUUCACUCGCCCGCGUGGGCUGAAAAUUACUGGGCUUUGCAUUGGAAUGGACUUGUAAAAUAAACCUAUGAUUCUUGGAUUCUUGGUUUGAAAAGGAUGUGAAGCUUUUCGUGGGACAAGCAUUGGAGAGCUGUAAGGAAGGGAUUCAGUGCCGUGUGUCCCUCUUUGCUUACUUUACUUGACGGCAGAACAGCGACGAUCUGCAGUCACCAUGGGAGACCGCUGGAUCGCACCGCACUGCCCACAAAUGUUUGUCGUUGCAACCGUGUGCACUCAAGGCAGACGCAUGCUGUGACCUUUUGACUGUGUAGCAGUAUUGUUGUCGCCAUCUUUGUUACAUUUUGAAAUUACUCGCUUUUUUGAAAAUAAAGACAUUGAUGACAUAUGCUUUUUUCGAAAUGGAUCGCAGGCUGUGACUGAAGAAUUGAUCAUCGUAUAUAGAUAAGAUAUCAAGGCGGCAUUUUUACCUAUUGACACAGGCCCCCUGGAGCCAAGGCCCAUCCAGUUAUGAUCAAUGAGGCAGUGUGUGCUAUGCAGCCUUGAAACCACCACCCUCACUGGUUUAUUUAUCACUGCCAAGCUGUUUGCGGAUGUGGCCGUUGAAAUGCAGGGCCACUCAGUCCCUUGUGCUUGUUUUUCAUGUAUGUUGUGAUUAUUGCGCAGCGCACUAAAGAGUGUGCGCUAACCGUGGCCUGUGUAGUGCAUACUAAAGAGGGGCCCUAAUAGGAAUGGAAUGACAGCUCGUGUGGAGAGGGGAGGACUGGUCACUGGAGGGAGAAGUAGACCAGUGUGUGGUCCCCUCUGGGUGCUCAAGCUGUGCAUUGGUGCUUUUUAUAGGGCCCCCCCUCCCCGCUUGAAAACGUCUGCUUUGGUUUCCAAGACACAGGGAAAUGCAUAUAUGAGUGAAAUGCAAAUAAGGAAUGAACUAACAGGGCUAGUCUAGCCUAGCACCAGACCUGCUAUUCUUCAAUUGGAUGUUUUCUGCAACCGGGUCCACUGUUGGUCCACCUGUUUUUUUGUGUGUUUACAGUACUGAGUCAUGUGUGGCUGUAGCUGGAUACUACCAGCAAUAAAAAAACAAAACCUUCAGAAUCUGUUUCAGAUUGUAAGGAGGGGAAACUGUGGCUCUAAUUGUAGAUGCACAGUGCAAAGGCCACUAAAAAUCCACAGGUCUGGUUUGCAGGAGACACCUCUGAGCAGGACCUGGUUACAUUGAAUGAACUUGAUGGGAGGGAUCAACUGAAUAUGAUGCUCUCUUUGAGGAGGAGGUGGUUGUCGGGGUUUUUUAAAAGUCAGAGAGUAGGUGGGGAGAAAAGAAGGGCAGGGACUUAAAGAACUCUGAUCAGGUCUUCACUUGUCGAUCGAGAAGAAAAAACAGAAAACCUAUUUUCCAGUAGAUCUAGAAUCUUCCUUAAGUGUUUACUCUUCACCAUAAAAAAAAAAAUUCACACACUGUUUCUUUGUCUGGUUUCCUGUCUCCCUCUUCUCCGACUAUGCUCUUCAUCUUUUGUUUAUUACAAAGUAUUAAACAAAUACAAGAACUGUAAAAUCCGAUUGGAAUCUGUCACUCUUAUUUUUAUUUUCUCUCUUUCUCUCGUGUCUGUUCUUUCUCCUGUUUGUAUCCUAUUCCAUCGUACAUGUGGAGCUGAUUGACUAUUGUGUGCUUUGGGGAUUGAAAGAAGAAAAAAAAAUAUGAAUAAUUUUUUCAGUCAUUAAUUCUGAAUCUUGUUUCUGUUUGUUGUAUCAUGUCCGAGUAAAGGUUUUAAUACUGUA